AUGAAGGAGAGGUAUGAGGGUGGGGUAUGUAAUAAGAUAGAGAUGAAGAUGUGGAAUGGAGGAAGAGAUUAUGGUGGUGAAGCCCUCUACGACAUGGGUAUGUACAUGGUCUAUAUGACCACAAUGAACACUGGAGUAGCACCGAUAUCAUCUAUAACAAGAGGGGUCCUCAAUGAUGACGGAGUAGAUGAGAUGUACACAACUGUGAUGACGUUUCGUAACAACACUAUGGCAACGCUUUCAUGUACAAUCACAGCAGACUAUCCAAAUGAAGUCUUUAUCAGCGGCACGAAAGGACAUCUCAAGAUUCCGGGUCAUUUCUGGGCUCCCACUGAGCUGAUAUGGACCACUGGAGAACUCAUCGAAACGUUUCAAUAUCCUACACCAGAAUCUACGGCGGAAUAUUCUUAUGGGCCUCUUUGGUCUGGUAUGUUAUACGAAGCAGAUGCAGUGAAGCAAGCUAUCGAUGAAGGUAAAAAGGAGCACGCACUUAUGACUUGGAAGGAGACUGAGUUGGUUACUACUUUGCUGGAGAAAGCUCGUCUAGAUCUGGGUAUCGUCUGGGUUCAUCAAGGCCAAUCACAUAUUGUUGUUCUUGCUUGA